GAUCAUUCAUCAGUCCCUCCCCUCCCUCCCUCUCUCCCUCCCGCUGAUGCUGAUCGGUUUCUCCGUUUCCUUUACAGACAGCCUGAGCCAGAGAGCCAGGACGGGGAAGUGUCGGGGAAUCUCGAGUCGGCCAAGGGAAAAUCGACCUGUUUUGUUCGACCACACCAAACUGGCCGGGAGGAUUUCGGUUGCGAGGCUCGGCUUUGGCUCUUCUGGUCACGUCAGCUUUCCAGCUGAAGCCAUCACCCGCCGACGAUCUGGCAGAUCCCUCUCGCGAGUCCUGUCUCGAGAAGAAGUCGGAGUCGGAGUCGGAGUCGGAGCGACGCAAGCGAGAAGAAAGAGCGCUCGACCAGUCCGAGCAGCAGCAGCAGCAGCUCGACCAGUUCCUGCUGUUAAGGAGUCAAAUCCGCAUCGGCAGACUGAACAUUCGCCGCGACGUCGCAGAGAGAAGCGUGGACCGGAUGGCUGGAUGGCUGGCCUCGCUCGCGCUUCGCUUCUGGACUGGCGUGCUCUGAUGCGCUGCGCUGUGGCGGCAGCUGUGGUGCACUGUGGGGAUCUGUGGGGAUCUGUUGCGCUGUGACGAUCCAGCAGCGAGGACGGCGAGGGAAGAAGUUGGGACCGCAGUCAGUCAAGCCGUGACCCUUGCGUCCCUGCGUCCCUCGGUCCUUCCUGCCUUUAUCCUUCCUUCCACCAACAACCUUCGAGAGCGCGAGGGUUCUCCGUUGGACAGUGUAAAAAUGGCGGAAAGCGUUCCGUCUUUCCGCGUCGCGUCUCGCGCUCUUUGACGCGCCGCCGAUGGAGGAUGCGGUCUCGUCUCCGCGUUCGUUGAUUCUUGCGGCUUCUUCUUCCAUCCUCUCUCGCCCUCAUCUAUCGCCGCUCGUCGAGCGCACCUCCUUGUGAGAGCUCGGGGUUCAUCACACUCGUCGUCAUGUGCUCAGAACCGCACACUGUCACUGCCACAAGGUCCCGGGUAAGGCGCAACAUUCUCGUCCCGAGCCCAAGCCAUCACUCGUCUUCGCAGGUAGCUUGAUUGAGCUCCUCUUCUCUCUCCAAUCCCAAUCCCAAUCCCAGGCGCGCAUGCCGCGCAUUUAAAUCUCUCCCCGAAGAUAAGAGACGGGGUGUUUUCUGUCACUCCAUUGCAAACGAGGCGGACAGAGACUCUCGUGGGUGCCGUCUGCUCGAUUCGAGCUCCGGGGCGAUGAUGGAUUGCUCGGAGGGCGGCGGCAAGCGCCGCAGCGUGGGACUCGCCGUGGUGUGGAUUGUGCUGGCCGCCUCGCUCGAGCUCGGCCGAGCGCAGGGCGGCUGCGGAUCGACGGCGGACAACGCGACUUGCGCCAACUCGCUGUGCUGCAGCUCGGCGAACUUCUGCGGGAGCACGGCGGAGUACUGCGGAACCGGGUGCCAGGCGAGCUAUGGCGUCUGCGGCGUCUCGCCCGAGAGCAGCCCGGCGCAGGGGAGCUGCGAGGUCGGGAGGCCGUGCCAGGAAGGCUACUGCUGCAGCUCGGCGGGCUUUUGCGGGACCACGGUGGAGUACUGCGGCGCCGGAUGCCAGUUCGGGGCGUGCACCUCGACGAGCUCGACGGGCCUGAGCGCGGGCGCCAUCAUCGGAAUCGCCUUCGGGAGCGCGUUCGUGCUCUUCCUGGCGCUGCUGUUCUACGUGCUAGCGCGCAGGCGGCGCAAGCUGGCGCAAGCCAAGCCUUCUCCGACGGAGCCCCCGUCGGACGACUUCGAGCUCAGCCUGCCAUCGAUCGGCGACUCGCUCGCGGGCAAAGUCAUGGGCAUGCGCUACACGUACGAAGCGCUGAACGAAGCCACGAAUGGAUUCUGCGAGGAGCUCGGCCGCGGCGCUUACGGGAUCGUGUACAAGGGCACGCUCAAGGACGGGAGCGAAAUCGCGGUGAAGAAGCUGGUCGACAGCCAGCGCGGCGCCAAGGACUUCGAGGCGGAGAUGAAGACGCUGGGCAGCAUCAACCACGCGAAUCUGGUGGCGCUGCGCGGAUUCAGCGUGCGCAGCCACCAACCUUUCCUCGUGUACGAGUACGUCCCCAAUGGGUCGCUGGAUAAGUGGAUUUUCUGCCAGGAGCGGCGAUUGCCAUGGCAGACGAGGGUGGAAAUCGCGCGAGGCACGGCCAAGGGCCUGAGCUAUUUGCACGGGGAGCUGCAAAUCGGGCAGGCCAUAAUUCAUCUGGACAUCAAGCCCGAGAACAUUCUGCUGAACGAGCAGUUCGUGCCCAAGGUGGCGGACUUCGGCAUGGCCAAGCUGAUCGGGCAGACGAGGACUCACACCAUCGCGUCCGGAGGCACAUUCGGGUACAUGGCGCCCGAGGUGUACGCCGGCGCUGCCACCACGAAGAUGGACGUGUACAGCUUCGGAAUCGUGCUGCUGGAGCUGGUGGCCGGGCGCCGGCACUUGGACCACUCGUUCGCCGACGAUCGCUUCUUCCUGCCGGCCUGGGCGAUCCGGCGCGUCAUGGUGCAUCUGGAGAUCGACGUGGUGGAUCCGAGGCUCGAAGGCAAUUUCAACUCGAUCCAAGCCAAGGAGCUGAUCACCAUCGCGCUGCUGUGCUUGCAGCGCGAUCCCGACGACCGCCCCGACAUGAGCGCCGUGUUCCGCAUGAUCGAGGGCGUCAAAGUUCCAUCCGAGCUCCCGGCCUCUCUGCAGCAGGAGCUGGAGAUGACCGAGCGCCUGGUUCGCAAGCCCACUCAAGCUCUGGGCUGGAAAGCCGAUGCCGAUUCGUUCUUCAUCGAUUUCGGCAGCGACCGCUCUUAUCGUAGGACGGGCGAAGCAGCGGAACCCGCCUCGACCGCUACCACCACCAGCAGCAGCCACGACCACGCCGACUCCUUCCCCGCUAAUAUGUCCAAUGCCCCUUUGCUGCGCUAGCUGUACAUCAUCCAUCACAUCCUCUUCCCGAAUCUCCAGAUUUCCAUUUUUGUAGAUCUCGAAUCGACAUCGAGGGAGGAAUUUGCGCAGCUUUCACGUCCGUGAGAUAGGUUUUUGCCGACGACAUUCGGUUCGCCGAUGCGGACGCACGCAGGCAGGCAAUUGUGGCACGCGAGGCAGUGCUGACGAAGCUUUCAGGAACCUCGCCGUAAGCUUAGCAGUGAAUGUAUAUACAACAGUAAAUCUCCAUCGUCCCAUAUCCCCGAUUAGCCGCAGCAUCAGAGGGAGGGAGGGGAGAAAUCGGAGCGAAUCGGGAGAAAUCAUCUAUUGUGCUCGGUCCAACUCAUGCAGCUCUCGAGGAGCUUUUCAGCGAAACGAAGAUGAACGUGGACGGGAGGAAAACAGAGACGGAUCGAGAGAAUGAGAAAGGGAGAGCAGAGGAUUUCGCGCAGCAGAGCAGGGCUCUUUCCUGUUUUCGAUUUUCGACCAGGAGGAGUGCUCUGCUCCAGUGGUCGCUGGACUCGGCGAAGAAGACAGGAGGCGGUGGAUUUAGUCAAUGCCGGACUCCGUGCGGGUGCUGCCAUGGCUCUGACUGACGCUUGCAGCGGUCCGUGGCCGUGGUCUCUCGGAAGCCUAAGCUGGAAGAUUUUCGGCAGCGAGCGCAGCUGCCACAGUUUGAUUGCGCCUGUGCUCGCUUUCACCAGCCAUCCUAGGGCCAAACAGAUCCCGCACACUUCUUCAGAAGAGCAGCAGCAACCCGCAGAGGCUGAGUAGACAAUGCUAAAAUCGGACGUACUGGUCGGAAGUGAAUCUACUCCUCCAUCAACUGGACCACUACGAAUUUCGGAUCGCAGAAGUUGGAACGAUUUCAGGCGAUUUGUUAGGCUAAGCAUGUUUUUGACAUUACACCUGUUCAUGGUCCGAGACCGACGUCAGAUUCGGUUCAUGCUGAAGACUCUCGAGCUUUCUUUCGUGGCUUUUAGGCGUAGUCAGACCUUUGAGGCUCUGUUGGCACCAAGUUCUAGGCCAGAAGGCACACAUUUCAAAUUCCGUGACUCCCGUAACGAGCAGGGUUGCUGUUGAUUAUUAUCCCGCGGAAGCCCCCGAUGUAUAUCACUAGAUAGAUCGUGACGGUUUGGAACUUAUUGCAGAACUCCUGGUCUUAUGAUGAACAGGCAUUCUGUAAUUUGGUCUUGGAGAAGGGGCAGGUACUGCUCAGAUCAAUGACUGGGUCAUGUUCUACAGCGGAUUCGAAUCGAGCUCGAUUGCUUCCUGUAGUCGUUCGUCUACAGAAAGCAGCUCUUGACUGAAGGCCGUGCAGCCUUGAUCAUCCUCUCGACCUGCGUACCUCUUAAAUUGGUUAUGCUUAUGCAACUCACAGCUCAUGCCGUCGUCUCGGUAUGCAAAAGUAAGGUCCCUUGUGCCCAGGAUCUUCUACAGAAAUUUUACAAAAAGUCUUUGACCUCAAAGCUUGCCAUCACUCGGUGGUCAGCUUUGACCAUUGUUCCAGUUGUGACGACCAUGAUCCCAUCCAUGCAUCCGCUCGUAAAGAGCGUCACUGGAGAAAGACCUCAUAUUGCCCUCGAGUCCUGAUAAGUACAGCCCGCGAGUGCGGUGUGCGAGGAGGGAGGAAAAGUGACAUGGACUUUGUUUUUCCUCCUCUCCUACAUUUGCUCCUCGAUGAAAAGCGUUCAGGAUAGUUCAGCGGCGGUGAUCUGUCGAAGUUUACACCCCGCAAAUGCUCCGAAGUCAUGUUCUCGGAAUGAUCAGCUUUCACUUUUAUUCUAUUGUAUUAUAUUCUGAAUUAAGUCACGCCAGUAUCUGAUUCAA